ACACCCUUAACAAUGUUAAACCACGUCUCCCACAGGGACAGCAGUCCCAGCGUGGUGUACGUCACACCCUUAACAAUGUUAAACCACGUCUCCCACAGGGACAGCAGUCCCAGCGUGGUGUACGUCACACCCUUAACAAUGUUAAACCACGUCUCCCACAGGGACAGCAGUCCCAGCAUGGUGUACGUCACACCCUUAACAAUGUUAAACCACGUCUCCCACAGGGACAGCAGUCCCAGCGUGGUGUACGUCACACCCUUAACAAUGUUAAACCACGUCUCCCACAGGGACAGCAGUCCCAGCAUGGUGUACGUCAUCCUAGGAGUCUGGACGUGGAGUAUGUUCCAGUUUCCUCUCCACCUGUCAGUGUCUACCUCCAGACCUGAUGAAUACUCCGAGGGGAAUCAGGGUGUGUCUCUGCUGGCCAGACUAAGAACAGAUAUCUGGAGCAUGGUGGAGAGCCUCUUCAUCCAGGACGGACCCUUCCUGGUGGUCCGCCUCACCCUCAUCCUCUACUUCCACGUCAUACACCAGAUGCUCAUCUUCUUUGCCAUCAAGAACUUCCUGGUGGUCAUUCUGAACUUCUACCGUCUGUCUGUCAUCUACUGCGACUACAAGGCUUCAGGUUAAUCUGAGGUUAUUGUCACGACUUCUUCCGAAGUCGGUUCCCUCUCCUUGUUCGGGCGACGUUCGGCGGUCGACGUCACCGGUCUUCUAGCCGAUCC